AUGGCGACAACAACAGCAACAACAGCAACAGCGGCAACGGCCACUCCAACCGUGGUUCGAGCUCCCGCCCAAGCGGGCGUGUUCGAAGGCCUCAACCCCUCCAUCUACAAUCCCGCCGACCCCCUCGUCCUUUUCAUCAUCCAGGCCACCAUUGUCAUUGCCCUCACCCGUGCUCUCUACUGGCCGCUGUCCAAGAUCCGAGAGCCGAGAGUGAUUGCAGAGGUCAUCGCAGGCAUUCUGCUCGGACCCUCCGUUAUGGGCCGUAUCCCCGGCUUCACUGAUGCCAUCUUUCCGCCUGCCAGCAUGGCACCCUUCCGACUUGUGGCCAACAUUGGCCUUGUGCUGUUCCUCUUUUUAGUUGGACUGGAAAUCAACCUGUCAUAUUUGCUGAGCAACUGGCGAAUCGCCUUUAGCGUCGCAGCUCUGGACAUGACGAUUCCCUUUGGACUCGGUGUGGCGGUGGCAUACGGGCUGUACCACGAGUUUGCGGGUGAGCCAGGAACGGCCCCCAUCUCAUUUGGCAUCUUUGCUCUCUUCAUCGGUGUGGCGAUGGCCAUCACGGCGUUUCCAGUCCUAUGUCGAAUCUUGACGAGCUUGAAGCUGUUGAACACCACCGUCGGAGUGAUUGUCCUGACCAGCGGCAUCGCCAAUGAUGUGGUGGGCUGGGUUCUUCUUGCGUUGUGUGUCACGCUUGUGAAUGCUGGAGCCGGAAUAACGGCGCUGUAUGUGUUUCUGGUUUCGGUUGGAUACAGCUUGUUCCUGGCAUAUGCCGUCCGUCCGGCAUUCAUCUGGGUGUUGCGCAGGACGAAGAGCCUGGAGAACGGGCCGACCGAGGGUGUGGUUGCGCUGACGCUAUUCAUGGUGUUGGCGUCCUCCUUCUUUACGAGCAUCAUUGGCGUUCACUCUAUCUUUGGGGCUUUCAUGGUCGGGCUGAUGUGCCCUCAUGAGGGCGGGUUUGCAAUCAAACUGACCGAGAAGAUUGAGGAUCUCACUUCUACGCUGUUUGUGCCGCUGUUCUUUGCGCUUUCGGGAAUCAAUACGAACAUCGGCCUACUCAACACCGGGACCGUCUGGGGCUAUGUGAUUGCCAUCAUUUUCGUGGCCUUCUUCAGCAAGUUGGCUGGUGGAACUCUGGGCGCGAGGUUGAACGGGCUGGUCUGGAGAGAGUCUUUCACCAUCGGCACGCUCAUGUCAUGCAAGGGGUUGGUCGAGCUCAUUGUUUUGAACAUUGGCCUGCAAGCCAAGAUUCUGAGCACAAAGACCUUCACCAUGUUUGUCAUUAUGGCUCUCGUCACCACCUUUUCCACGGCCCCGUUGGUCAGCUGGCUCUAUCCACCCUGGUAUCAGCAGAAGCUCGACCUGUGGAAGAAGGGCAAGAUAGACUGGGAUGGCAAUCCGAUCAUACCAGCGGAUGGUCAAGACUCGGAGGAAAAAUACCGCAAGGGGGAUGUGGCCACCCGUCUGCUGGUCUAUCUUCGAACAGAUGGCCUGUCCUCUAUUCUGGGGCUCAUCUCGUUGUUUACUUCCUCCUCUGCCCCAACACCAGCGGCCAGUGCCUCGUCAGACAACGAAAAGGCAGCCGACCCCUCCGCCGCUCACACAGAUGAGCAGAGGCCACUUCGCAUUCAGGGGUAUCGUCUGGUGGAGCUGACAGACCGCAAUUCUUCCGUCAUGAAAGUAUCCGACAUUGAAGACUACGCCUCCCACGACCCCAUCGUCAAGGCCUUCGGCACCUCCACCGCCAACAACACUUCCCGCGACGUCAUCGUCUCUGGACAAAUCGCUGUCGUCCCCGAAGAGGGAUUCGCCGACACCCUCGCCACCCAAGCCUCCAAAACCAACAGCGACCUGGUCCUCGUCCCCUGGAGCGAGACAGGUACCAUUUCCGAAAUCCAAAGCUUCUACUACGGCGGCAACUCUAGCAUCAAGGACAACAUGCUCGCGAACAAGGAUUUCGCCGGCCUCGUGACAGACGUCUACGAAAAGCACAGGCACCUCGCCGCCGUGGGAGUUUAUGUCGACAGCUCCCUCCUCAGCACCAGCCACCCCCGGUCAAGGAUAGGCGACGACUCGCAAGCAACAAAGACGGGAAUCACCCGACAACUCACCCGAGACGCGACAGGUGUCAGCCUAGCCGAGGCCCAAGACAUCGGAGCAGCCAAGUUUCACUCCGCCGAAAGCAAAGGCCCAAAGGUUGUCCGUGUGCUCUACAGAGGAGGGGAGGACGACCUCUUUGCGGUGAGGCUAGGGUAUCAACUCGCCCAGACCGACAAGGUCGUCUUGGAGGUGGUUGUCGAAGCAGCGGCCAAUCGCGCCGACAGUGAGAUGGCCGCGUUCAAGUCGGUUCUUUCCGAAAGUCUGGGCGACAGGGUUGUCUACCUUGAUGCUCAGGACACAGCCGAAGCGAUUCAGAGCUUGCUGUCGCCAUGCAGGCAGGAGCGCAGCUCGCGGUCGGUUCUGGUGGUGGUGGGGAGGUCUGUUUCGUCUUGGUUGGCAUCUUCUGUUGAGGCGGGCCCGUCUUCUUCCGCGGCGGCUGAGCUGGCUGCCGUUCGCAAGGUUCUUGGGCUGAAGGCAGCGCGUCUCGCUGCGGAGGUGAGGAAGGGAGCAGGGGACAAGGCCAAUGUUAGUCUGCUUGUUGUCCAGGCCAAGACUGCCCCAGCGACGACGACGACGAUGACAACUGCGGGCGAGGGAGGAGUACCUCCCUUGAAGCGGAAACCGAGUACAUAUUCGCAGGAGAGCGGUCAUGUAGGAGCGUAA